UAUCAGUACAGACAAUGAGAGCUGUUAUUCAGCGUGUGACAAACGCAAGUAUAUUAAUGAACCAAAAGCUGGUCACUGCGAUAGGACCAGGUCUUUGUAUCCUACUGGGGAUAUCCAGAGAUGACACGAUUCGAGACGUUGAAUACAUGGCUCAAAAAAUUGUCCAUUUGCGGCUGUACGAGGGGAAGCCCACUCGCAGCAUAAUGGAUUUGGAUUACGAAAUACUCUGUCAGAGCCAAAUCAGCUUAUACAACAAGCUGAAAGGGAACAAAGUCAGUUUCCGUAAUGCUAUGGAUCCUAAAUAUUCAAACGACCUGUUCAAACAAAUGUUACAAAGAUUAAGGGAAAUAUACAAACCCAGCAAAAUAAAAGAGGGAAAAUUUGGAGGCCACAAAGAGAUGACUUUAGUUAACAAUGGUCCUUUUACUGUUAUAUUAGAGUCCCCUAAAACAUCUGAACAAGGAAGUUCAGAUUUGCUAAAAAACAAAUUUGAAAAAUAAAGUUU